AACACCGUUUUGUCAACUUGAACUCCACUAUGUGAUACGUUUUUUUAGGUCGCGUUGUUCUUGCUUGUCACUCAGAUGUGAUCAGGGUCUCUGCCUAUACAGUGUGAGUUUCUUAUGCUUCUGGUGCACAAACUCCUCAACCAAGAUUAGUCCCUUCCCCACUACCAGCGCCAAUCUGAUUCCCGUUUCACUUAAAUAGCGCGCUGCCCUUUUUGUUAACUUCAACUUAGGUUACCAUGUCCCCUCCUGCUACUGACUUUGAAUCCAAAGGCUCCAGUCAUGUUAAGCGCAGACUUUCCAGCGUCAGCGCUGCGGGAAAACCUGCUGCCCAUGCCUACUCCUCCCUCACUCCUAUGUGGGCAGGUAUUGCUGGUGCUGUUGUGAAUGGUGGACAAGGUUUUGAGAUCGCAAUUUCCAUACAUGACUCCGUCUACAACACCGAUUUCGCAUCGGUUAUCGUGCCUUACCCCAGCGAUUCCACCAAGUCCGCAUCUGUGAUUGCGGACCACGUUCUUCAGACCAUCAAAAAGUUCUCUCAGGAGCACUUGUGCAAGUUCCUUGGUGCCGGUGUUACCCUCGGUCUUUUGAAAGAGUGUCCCAAUCUCUGCACUCAUCUCUGGCUUGAGACUGAUAUUGUCCCAAUCGUCUUCAAUAUCAAGCCAUUCCACACUGAUUCACUGACGCGCCCAAACGUCAAGCAUCGUAUUUCCUCAACCACCGGUUCAUAUGUUCACUCCGGUGCUGAGACCCCCACAGUCUAUGUUGAUCCAUCCCCACUUUUGGAUCAGAAUAACAACCUCCAGUCAGGUGUCGCCACGAAACUUCCGAUCCCCCGUACUCUUGAUGAGCAAGCUGAUUCUGCUGCCCGAAAAUGUAUCAUGUAUUUCGGCCCCAACAAUAACCCUCGCCUCACCAUCGGUCCCCGUAAUCAAGUCACCGUCGAUGCGGCCGGCAAGAUCCAUCUGAUAGAUGAUCUUGACGUCUACAGGAAAACUGUUGGACCAGGUACUUGGAAUGCCGUCAACAAACUCGCAGACGAAUUGCGAGAGAAAAAGGUCAAGAUCGGUUUCUUCUCUUCUACACCUCAGGGAGGUGGAGUAGCUUUGAUGCGACAUGCUCUCAUCAGGUUCCUUACUGCCCUGGAUGUUGACGUUGCAUGGUACGUGCCGAACCCAUCGCCAAGCGUAUUCCGUACCACGAAAAACAACCACAACAUCCUGCAAGGUGUUGCUGCUCCAGACCUUCGCCUCACCCAGGCGGCGAAAGAUCAAUUCGAUGCAUGGAUCCUGAAAAACGGACUUAGAUGGAUUGCAGAGGGUGGUCCCCUGGCCCCUGGCGGCGUUGACAUUGCUUUCAUCGACGACCCUCAGAUGCCCGGUCUUAUUCCGCUCAUUAAAAAAGUCAGACCGGAACUUCCCAUUGUCUAUCGUUCGCACAUCGAGAUCCGUAGCGAUCUUGUGCAUGUGAAGGGAUCUCCUCAGGAAGAAGUCUGGAAAUACCUCUGGAACAACAUUCAACUGGCAGAUCUUUUCAUCAGUCAUCCAGUCAGCAAGUUCGUCCCUAGCGAUGUCCCUAUCGAGAAGCUUGCAUUGCUGGGUGCCGCUACUGACUGGCUCGACGGGUUGAACAAGGACCUCCACCCAUGGGAUAGCCAGUUCUACAUGGGUGAAUUCCGGAACCUCUGUGUGAAGGAGAAGAUGACCGAGCUCAAAUGGCCUCAGCGGGACUAUGUCGUCCAAAUUGCCCGCUUCGACCCAUCGAAGGGUAUUCCAAAUGUCAUCGACUCUUAUGCUCGCCUCCGCGUCAUGCUCAAGGAAUCCGGAAGGGUUACCGAAGCGGAGGUGCCCCAGCUAUUGAUUUGUGGCCACGGUGCUGUCGAUGACCCCGAUGCCAGCAUCAUCUACGACCAAGUCAUGAACCUCGUCAGCUCGCCUGACUACAAGGUAUACCAGUCAGACAUCGUUGUGAUGAGGUUGCCCCCGAGUGACCAACUUCUCGACGCUCUGAUGGCUAACGCCAAGAUUGCCCUUCAGCUUUCCCUUCGUGAGGGCUUCGAGGUCAAAGUUUCCGAAGCCCUGCAUGCCGGUAUACCUGUCGUGGCUUCCCGCACUGGUGGUAUUCCUCUCCAAAUUGUGCAUGGCAAGUCGGGCUACCUCACAGAGGUUGGCGAUAACAAUGACGUUGCCAAAUACCUCUUCAACUUGUAUACCGACGAGAAGUUGUACUCGGAGAUGAGUGAGUACGCUCGCACACACGUCUCUGACGAAGUUGGCACUGUUGGAAACGCCGCUGCUUGGUUGUACCUCGCCGUAAUGUACAAUCGCGGUGUGAAGAUCCAGCCUCAUGGCGCUUGGCUCAACGACAUGUUGAGAGAGGAGACUGGGGAGCCUUACGUUGAGGGCGAGCCUAGACUGCCUCGUGGCGGGCUGAACAUGCAAGGUUGAGGACAUUGGAAUCAAAUGGACCACUUACUUGCUUUAACGAAAUUGUGAAGACUCGUCUUGUAGUUGUUUCUAGAUCCUAGCUGUUGUAGCUAGUAGAUGCUAUGUAUAUCUCAUAAACUUUACCCUGUACUGUACAUGUAGGCCCUGCCGCAAUUUGUGAACUCUUAUUUGUUGAACAAAGUACAAGAAUACGGUACCAUCAC